AUGGUACACCUUGUGGCUGUACCAGAGACAAUCACGGCAAGUGGCUGUGCUUGUGUCUUUAUUGACACCAUCUUCCGACUUCAUGGGUUGCCCCGUGAACUCGUAUCAGACAGAGAUCCACGAUUCACUGCUGAUUUCUGGCGUUCCGUGUUCAAAUUACUCGGAACGCGCUUGAAGAUGUCAACAUCUGAUCAUCCAGAGUCAGAUGGUCAGACGGAACGUGCCAAUCGUGUCCUUGAAGAGAUACUUCGAGGAUACGUACACUCCUUUAAGAGUUGGAGUGAGUUUUUGCCGAUGGUAGAGUUUGCCAUCAACAACUCGGUGCAUGCGUCCACGACACAUACACCGUUUUACGUGAAUGGCUUGCGCCAUCCGCGUGUACCCACCUUACUAGAGUGUAACUCUGGUUUAAGGGGGGGAGGGACUCGCGCGAGCAAAAACCGAUUUGGUUCACGCUCAUCACGCUCGGACGAAGAAGUCAUUGCGUUUGAUGCCGAUAUCGAUAACAUCGAUAUCGAAGAAGAUGAUGCCAGUGAGAGUGCGGAAGCCCUCACUGAAGACAAUGAUCCCAGUGAGAGUGCGGAAGCCCUCACUGAAGAAAAGGUUGUUGUCGCUGCAGUGCGCUCACAGCACACUGAAGCUAACGAGUCAUCAGAUGAGUUCAUACUGGCUCGUGAAACGGUAGUCCGUUUUGUGCAAGACUCCAUCGCCGAAGCGGUGACUUAG